AUGGAUGUAUCCAAACACCAACCGUUAGGCAAUGAGCCAGUAGUGUUGCUGGAUCUUCUUGUGAAGGCCGCCGCCUCUGGGCAAGGACUAGUUUUCUUUGACAACGGCAUUGACUCAGCUCCCACUAGAGUUUUAUACUCUGAGUUGCUGGAGCGCGCCCAGAAAAAAGCCGCAGUCUUGCGUAGAACUGCAGUGCAGAGACCCGGACAGAUUGUUCUCACACACUUCGAUUCCCACUACGAGAACAUCUUAUGGUUCUGGUCGGUCAUUGCGGCAGGAGGAGUAGGAGCAAUCAUCAGUCCGCUCUCCAACGAACCCAAAGCUGCCGCUGGACAGCUACAAAACAUCAAGAAUCUGUUUCGUGACUCGCCUUUGAUCACGAACGAUAAGUUUGCUCAGAACUUCGCCGUCCAGGGGCUGAAUAUCAUGAUCUCGAGUCAUCUGGAAAACCUGGGGCAGAAGGAGCCCACAAAACCCGCUGAUGCUGUCACCAUUGCCCCAGAUCCAAACGACAUCGCGACUAUCUUGUUCACAUCGGGCAGUACAGGAUACUCGAAAGCAGUUCAGUACUCGCAUUGUCAGCUGAUUGCCUCGGCGAAAGCUAAAGUGAACCAUCUAGGCUCGGAUGGGAGAACAUUCAUGUCGUGGAUUUCCUUCGAUCAUUCGGCCAAUUUUUGUGAAGUCCAUCUGCAGUCGAUGUUUGCCGGCACUGAUCAGGUUCACGUGCCGACAUCAGAGCUUGUAGUGGAGCCGUAUCGUUUCUACAAACUGCUGAGCGACUUUCAAGUCGGCUACACGUUCACUCCCAAUUUCUUCCUUGCCUCUGCGACACGAUCCUUCCGUGCUACGAGUAUUGCAGACGUCAAGACCUGGAACCUGAGCAAACUCAAGACUAUCAUGUGCGCUGGGGAAGCGAACCGCACCGAGACACUAGCUGCUGCCGACGAGGUUCUUCGGGAACUCGGGGCACCUUCACACUCCAUUCGUGCGGCAUACGGUCUUAGUGAGACGUGCUCCGCAUGCUUCUACUGUCUAGAGACGCCGCAGUAUGAUGUCGAGCACGGGAACCGGUUUGCAUCGGCUGGUUCGCAUUUGCCUGACGUUUUGGAGAUGGAAGUGCUCGCAGAAGACGGCUCUGAGUCUAAUGAAGGCGUGCUAUAUCUCCGUGGGACGCUCAUAUUCAAGGGGUACUACAACAAUCCAGCUGCCACAGAACAAUGUAUGACCAGCGAGGGAUGGUUCAAUACGGGAGAUAUUGCUCGUGUUGAUGAAAAUGGAAACCUCCAUCUCCUUGGUCGCCAGAAAAAAAUCCUCAUUCUACACGGCAAUAAUUACUCCUCGUUUGAACUCGAGUACUCUCUCGAGACGAGUGGCAUCGUAGGCCUGACAACGUCAUAUACUGCAGUCUUUUCAACAUGGGACGAGAGAAAACAGUCUGAGGCCGUCGUCGUAGUGUUCAAUCCUACUGAAGAAGCCACGGGUCCCAAGAAGCUGCGAGAGACACUUCGAGCGAUCGAUCGCGUUGUCUUCAACUUCGCAUCUGAAAGAGCGCUCCACGUUAUUCCCUUGCCAAAGUCCUUGCUCCCAAAAUCCACUAUCGGCAAGCUUUCCCGUGCGCAGCUGAAGAAAGAAUACGAGGCAGGAGCUUUCGACGACUAUCUAGCGGAUGAGCUUCUAUCAUUGCCCGGGUCCACAACAGUCAAAAGCACGUCACCUGUAUUGGAUAGCAGCGUGAAAAGGGUUGAUUCUCCACAGGAGUCCUUGGAAGAGUCUACAACCCCAAUGGAGCGAGAGGUUGCGGCUGUGUUUGCUUCCGUGCUUCACGUUCCCGUCGACAGUCUUCUGCACGGUGCAGACGAUGCGUUACUUUCGUCGGGCCUCAACUCUCUCCGCUUUAUCCAAGUAAAGCGAUACUUAGAGAAGGCAUUGGACAUGGAUCGUGAGAUCCCGAUGCAGAUCCUCACUCGCUGCACGUCCGUGUCUCAGCUGGCUCACGAACUCACCCUCAUGGGCACUACAUCAGCUGAGUACGACCCCGUCGUUCCACUCGUUACCAAGGGAAGCAAGCAAACGCUGUUUCUUCUUCCUCCUGGGGCUGGUGAAUUUCUUUGCUGGCUUACCCUCCUGGAGUAUCUGCCAGACCGUCCGUUGUACGCUGUGCGAGCGCGUGGAUUACACGGACUAGAACCCGUGUUUAGUAGUCUCAAAGAGAUGCUCGACAUCUACUAUGCUGCUAUCCGUCGCACCCAACCCCACGGGCCUUACGCCUUAUUCGGCUACUGUUGGGGCGGCCUGCUGGCAUUUGAGCUGGGCAAGAUAUUCAUUGCCGCGGGUGAACAAGUGGUUUUCUGCGGCGGUCUAGACAAUCCUCCUGAUAUCCGUCGCGCACUGGGCCAUGUGCGAUAUCGCUCUGUGCUAUCGGAUUUUAUUCCCGCGCUCACAGGCAUGACUCCCGAGGAAGCAAAGGCCUUUAUGGAUGAGACGUCCGAAAUGGAAGAUCCUGAGUUUUACGAAGCCAUUCAUAAGAGGCUGCCAUCUGCCGUUCUGCAAGAGAAUGGCGGCCUAACGGUGCAACGCAUCAAAGCGUAUGGCAAAGUAGAGGAUUGUCACCGUCGCAUGGCAUGGGACUAUCAACCCCACGGAAGAGUGCCCGUGAUGGACAUUUUUGCUCCGAAUGCGUUGCCACUGUUUGAUGCGUCGGGCUUCGAAUCGUGGCACGCCGUAUUGGAUCAGUGGCAGAAUCACGCCGACGACACGCGUGUGCAUGCAAUCUCAGGAAAUCAUUACACGGUGUUGAAGCAGCCCGAUAUUUUGGACUUUCAGAAAGCGCUCAACAAAGCCCUCGAUGCUCGUGGUGUGUGA